AUGAGUACAUAUCCGGAAUCGUCUGAUAGGCCUGUAACGACAUCAUCAACUGACUUGGUGAAUCUGGGAGCUCAACUGAGCGAAGUGCUAAACAGGUUCAAUGAACUGAAUAUGGAAAUGACCGCACAACGACGUGUAAUUGAUCAGCUAGUCACUGGGAGCAGCGGCGGUAUCCAGCGGGAACCCUUACCUGCCAAUCCAACUGAACCAAUACUUUUACCCUGUACUCAAACCUCCUUUACUCCACAUUUUGCAAAUCCGCAUAAAGAAACUUUUACUUAUUUCACUCAUGACCUACCGCAUACCCACGCGCCCACUACCCAAGCCAAUCCUCCUCACCUCCAAAUUCCCCAAAAUCAUCCAUCUGUAAAUCUGAACAGGCCGCUUGAAUCCCAAAAGCCAUAUUACAAUUUCACUGCUGAACCAUUCACGCUGGAUACCGCUAUCCAAUGGAAAGUUGAAGCUGGGGGAUCCUCCGCACCAAUUGACAAGAAUUUGCUAAAAAGGUUGGAUCGGUUUGAUGAAUUCAUGAGAAAGAGUCAGGGUUUGAUCAAACAAGAGAGCUUGGAUUAUAACGAGUUAUGCCUGUUUCCUGACAUGCAACUACCUGUGGGUUUUAAAGCACCCAAAUUUAGCAAGUAUGACGGAACAGGCAACCCCAAGACGCAUCUCCGAAUGUUUGCCAACAAGUUGGGCAAGCCAAUGGAUGAUGAGAAUCUGCCAGUUCGUUUGUUUCCUGAAAGCUUAGAAGACGAUGCACUGGACUGGUAUUCCAAUUUGAAGCCCGAGGACAUGAGAACAUGGUUGGACUUAUCAACCGUUUUUAUAAGGCAAUACGAAUACAAUUGCGAUUUGGCUCCAACAAGGACUACACUGGAAGGAACUAAAAGGAAACCAUCUGAGGAUCACAAGACGUAUGCAAAAAUAUGGAGAAAAUUGGCUGCCAAGGUGGAACCCUCCAUGACUGAAGAUGAAAUUGUGCGUACAUUUAUUAAAGCUCAUGACCCGCCCUAUUUUGAGGAGAUUUUUCGCAUGACUGGAUGUUCCUUCGCAGAAAUUGUUAAUAAAUUGGAAGAGUAUGAUGAGUUUGUGAGAGCAGGAAAGAUUGUUAAUGUGUCAGCUCUGAAAUCACAAUUGGAAGCGAUGCAAAAUCAAGGCGAUAGUAGUAAGAAAUCCCAGUUCGAGAAGAAAGAGGAGGAAACUUCAUUUGUUUGGAACCAAAACCCUUCUUUCCGACCUAGGUACCGACAAUACCCCACUUAUCCAUCCCAUUACUCACACCAGUCACACCCUCGACCUGUCUAUCGUACUACCAUUAACCAUCAUCGAUCCCGACCAAAUUAUCCAAACACACCCACAACACCAUUCCAUAUUUCUCCACCUAACUUCCAAACUAGACCUCGCCCUCCUUAUAAUCCCAGACCUGUUCCGCCAAACAAACAGAACUACAACCAUCCUCAAACCCAUGAAAUACAAAAUCCCGGCCGAUCUCGAGUUUUUACCAACUUAGUCAGGCCCAUUGACCAACUGUACGAACAGCUCAAGGCCGCCGGGAAAAUUGGUAUGAUACCCCCUCCUACCUAUCCAUAUGGUAUGCCCGCUUGGUAUAACCCGCAAGCUGUCUGUGCUUAUCACUCGGGGGCACCCGGACAUUCCACUUUGGACUGCAAGGCUCUUAAGCAUAAAGUUCAAGAUAUGAUUGAAUCUGGAGAAAUUGUAAUUAGAAAGAGGGAGACACAAGGGCCGAAUGUAAAUAGGAACCCCUUGCCGGAACACGUUAAUACCAUUGGGGUCAUUCUGGAUGACACGGAGUACGUGGAACAAGUCAAAGAGAUGGCUAGGGAAGCUGAGGUGUUUGGGAUCACAGACCAGCCAUUUGUCAUAGAGUUACCAUCCGAAGAAGAUAAAAAGCCUUUUAUCUUGGAUCUCACGCCAACUGAGAGUGAGGCUUUAGAGCCAGUAUUCAUCGAAUUCCCGAAGCAAGAACCUGUUUUAAGUCUGCAGCAAGUGCCAUGGAAUUACGAUGAACCUGUCAUACAGAUUGGGGAGAAGUCAAUUGCAAAGAAGGAAGUGUCAGUGGUUACCAGAUCGGGGAAGACUGCUAGUCCGUUUGAAACUGCCAUUCCGAUUCCAGCAAAUAACUCCGAGCCGCCCGUUAAACCAACAAUCACCGAGAGAGAAGCCUUGGAUUUCCUUAAGAGACUUCAGAGAAGUGAGUACAAUGUAGUUGAAAAGCUGAGCAAGUCGCCUGCCCAGAUAUCCAUGUUAGAUUUACUCUUUUCUUCAGAUAGGCAUAGGGACGCGCUGAUCGAGUUGUUGACCAAAGCUCAAAUCCCUAAGGACAUUUCAGUUGAUAAUUUCUCACAUGUGGUUGGGAACGUAUUAUUCACCAAACAAAUCACUUUCUCUGACGAGGAAUUGCCGGCGGAAGGCAUUGGACAUAACAAGGCCCUGUACAUAGUUGUGAGGUGCAACGGAAAAAUGCUGCCGAAGGUAUUGAUUGACAAUGGAUCCGCUCUUAAUAUCUGUCCCUGGAACACCUUGGAAAAGCUAGGAUUGCAAGACGUCUAG